AUGAAAGCGCCUUUAGAGCCUCCGAUCGCACUGGAAGGCGCAUUGAGCCACUCUCCGUCUUUUGGAUUCCUUGGAACUGAGAAGGAAUGUCAGUCGUUCUACUUCUUUCAACAGAAAACUGCGCCCCAGUUGUCUGAAUUUUUUGGAGGUGAUUUCUGGGAGAGGCUCCUGCUCCAAGCGGCUUUGUACGAGCCUUCAAUUCGACAUGCAAUCCUCGCUCUAGGAUCCUUACACGCAAAGUUCGAUCAAGAAAAUGAUCUAAUAAUGCAAACUAACACGGACAGGUGGACUAAUGGAUACUCUUGGAGCUACUAUGGCAAGGCAAUCAGUAUCCUCGUUGGAGCACUCUCACAGAAGAGUAAACAAGCAAUCGACGUGUGCCUGAUAUGUUCUAUACUUUUUGCAUGCAUAGAGGCGAUGCAAAGUAGCUACGGCUCCGCUAUCACACACAUCCAAAGUGGUAUGAAGGUCCUGUGCGAGGUCAAGUACAAUGAGAGAAUCCGUCGGCAUCAACAUGAUGUCUUGAGGGUAUCUGAAGUACCAUAUGCACCUAUAAAACUACUAGAAGAGAUGUUCAUGCGUCUUGACCAUCAAAUUACCCAGAUGGUAAGUGGGCAGAAACGAAAGAUCCCAACGAUAUUCUCGGCCUUAUUUAAGGCACGAGACUCGCUCAUAUCUCACUGGCAUGUGACUUCUUACUCUAGAAGCGAUAUAUUGGAUCCUACGAGCGAGAUACUUCCUACGAUUCCUCAGGUUGGGACCUGGCAGGACAAAUACUCUAGCAUUCUGGCGAGAUGGUCUUCGGCAUAUGAUGUCUACUUAGACAUCCGGGGUGACAACUUGACAAAUGCAAAAAGAAAAGGCACUGCUACUCUGCGCAUCCUGAAGGAGCUCGGGGCUACAGCGAUGAUGGUUACACGCACGGUGAUUUAUGACGAAAGGAAAUGGGACGUCUUCUGCCCAAUAUUCCACAAUGUUGUGUCCCUAGCGGAUGAUAUCGUGGAGCUUGACCUAAAGUCAGCCGCAGAGAUGCCCCUCUACUGCGUUGACAUGGCUCUUGUUAGACCUUUAUUUGAGGUCACUUGUCGGUGUAGAGAUCCCAUCAUUCGCAGAAGAGCAAUCUUGAUUCUUCGAAAGUGUGGUCGGACGGAGGGGGAAUGGAAUGCUGUUGCGACUUCCAAAGUCGCUCAAAGAGUUCUAAAUAUUGAAGAAGCCGGGUUACAGAACAUCAAAAGAUGCGAGGAUGUUCCAGGCUGGGCUCGCAUAUCGAACAUAUCAGCGGCUUUUGAUCCCAUUAAUCAGAGGGUGACUCUGACCUACAGUCGGCUGAGACGUGAGCACGAUCUGACUAGACAGACGACAGAGGAGGUAACUGAAAUGGUAGCAUAUGACAACUCUUGA